AUGGACAUGACGACGAGUAAAAAUCACAGCCCAGCCAGCGAACACAUCAAGCGGCCAAUGAACGCUUUCAUGGUGUGGUCACGCGGCCAGCGGCGUAAAAUGGCCCAAGACAACCCGAAGAUGCACAAUUCCGAGAUCUCGAAGAACCUCGGCGCUCAGUGGAAACUGCUGACGGAGGGUGAAAAACGGCCCUUCAUCGAUGAAGCUAAACGUUUGAGAGCCCUCCACAUGAAGGAACAUCCCGACUACAAAUACCGGCCACGAAGGAAACCAAAACCACUGGUUAAAUCACCGACGCCACCGGGUUCAGGACUUCAGAACGGCAACGGAUCAUCCUCGACCAAGGAACCCGUCACACCGCAACCACUCUCCCCCGUCGGCAAAAUGUCCUUCAGUCCCACCCAGUUGACCACCCCCGUCGGGUUACCACCCAGCAUCUUCCCGUCCUACCACUUCGCUUACGAUCUGCACCAGAAGGCGUUUUGGAAUCUGUACGCGCCCCACCUGCUCUCAUCCGUCGUACCGUCCGCGUAUGCCGUCCCACCCCAUGCUUCCCUGCCACUGCCGUACAUCAAACCACCCAAAACCUCACCACCGUCCCCGAUUGCACCACCCUCACCCAUCCCGUCCGGCAACGUCAUCUGA